AUGUCUCAUUCAUUUGUAGCCAUGUCCAUGGUAAUACCGUCAAUGGUCGUACCUUCGCAAAAUCCUCUUUUCGUUGGGAUUGGUGGAUCCAGAAGAGAGCUCAGGAGUAACAGUGAUAGAAAAAUUGCAUUUAAGCUGGUUUUUCCGCCAAAUUCAAAUUAUUCCGCUCAGGAAACAUUCGGAGUGAUUCCUGAGCUGGGCAAAGUUACAAUACUACUAACAAGAGCUAACUGCAGAUGUGCAGAAGAGAAAAUGACUAUACAGUAUGCGGCAAUGGCUAAUGGACAAACUGAUCCGGCAGCUAGUUUUGCCUCAGGCACACCUACCGGCGAAUUCAUUGGCGAAACAGAAGUCCGCUUGUCACCUAUAUCAUAG